CACUGAGGCAGGUCACAGCAAGCUGCAUCUCACUUGGCCCAGGAGUACAAGGUCUGUCUCAGCCUGUUAGUGCAAGCUGCAAGUCGGAAUUGUGCUUUGAAAGUGACAAGAGGUGCGGAGGGAAUUAACUGAUACAUCAACUCCGGGACCCAAACCGAGCAACACACAGCCUGGUGUCGGGGGAAGACUUGCCUCCCUCCGAGCUGCAGCAGUUUGAGAUUUAUUGACGUCCAGGAUGGAGGAACCUUACGUCAGACACCUCGAGGUGCUGGGAUUUGAAAAAAGAUUUGUCCCAAGUCAGUAUUAUGUUUAUAUGCUAAUGGUGAAGUGGAGUGACUUGUCCGAAAAACUCAUCUACAGGAAGUUCUCUGAAAUCUAUGAUUUCCACAAAAUGCUGAAGGAGCUGUUUCCUAUCGAAGCUGGAGAAAUAGAUCCCAAAGCCAGGACUCUCCCACAUUUACCAGCUCCCAGAUGGUUGGAGGGUCACAAAGCCACGGAGAACAGACAGAGUACUCUAGCUGACUACUUCCAGACGUUGCUCAGCCUGCCUACCAAGAUCUCGCGGUGUCAGUGGAUUCUGAACUUCUUGCAGGUCCGCCCUGAUGAUGUUGCCUUGCCGAUUCCUCACCCGACAAAAAAGACUGAAACCUACCUGAUACCAAAAGGCCGAGCAAGGUCCAGCUCCACUGAAAUCACAGGUCCAAUGUUGCUCCAAGCAUAUCGUUCAAUUGCAGAUUAUCAGAAGAAUUCCAAGUAUGAAAUGAGCAUUCAGACUGGGGAUAUUGUGGAGAUUGUGGAGAAACAUGAAAAUGGCUGGUGGUUCUGUCAGAUGGAAGGUCGGAGAGGCUGGCUGCCAGCAGCAUUCCUUGAGCCUUUGGAUGGGCCCGACGAGGCUGAGGAGCAGGAGCCCAACUAUGAAGGUGAAUGUUAUAAAGUCAUUCAAAGCUACAUAGCAGAGCAGGAGGAUGAGCUGAGCCUGAAGGAGAAUGAACUGGUUGACGUGAUCCACAAGUUGUUGGACGGCUGGUGGGUGGUGCGAACGGGAGAGAUCACUGGGUACUAUCCCUCCAUGUACCUCCUGAAGUCAGGCUCCACUCCAAACACAGAAUUCAUCCUGAACAAAGGAAAUUUCCCUCCCCCACGACGGUCAACCAUACGUAAUGCACAGAGCAUCCACGGGGCAGGGCGGAAGCGGAUAAGCCAGGAAACCUACAGGCGGAACAGCAGGCGGUAUCUGCAGCAGAGGGGCGAGACGGGUAACGCGGCCACCAGCCGGAAUGUGUGGAAGCAGAAGCAGGAUCCAAGGACAAAGGAGAAGCUGCCUUCUGCAGGUGCCAUCAAUCAGGAGGAAAAGAGUCAAAAGAAGGUUCCAGAAAUCCCCCCGCGGCCCACGCUCAGUGAGAUCAUGGCAAACUGCACUGAGCAAACCAAGAGCAAAAUAAAAUGAGUGUGAACCCACACGGGAGACCUUCGGCACCAGCUGCUGCCUGACCAGAGAAGUUUCAGCAUUUUCCGCUUUUAUUUCACAUUUCAGCAGCUGCAGUUCACUUCUGAAUUCAGUCUUUGAGAGCUGCAGUUCCCAGACCGACCCUGUAUGGUGGCGGCCCGUGUAUCCAUCAGACCCUCGCUCACACCCUUCAGCAGCAGCCAAGAUUUGCCGAGCUUGCUUCAGGAAUUAUUGGGACACUGGCUCAGGGGAAGUACAGCAGGAGUCUCCCACUUGGCAACGAGUAACGCACUUGUUAAAAUAAUAAAAGACAGUCUUGGU